AUGAACAGUAUUGAUCUGAAAGCAGAUGUGAGCACUGAGCUCGUCACGGAGCUGAGUCCUAAAAGAGACUACUCCCUCACUGUCUACGCCAUCUACCCCAACCUCAUAGGAGACUCUGUGACAAUCAACAUUCAGACGACUGCUUUGCCGCAGGUGUCAAACUUCCGUGUUAUUGAGGAGGGUUUGUUCUCGCUGCGUCUCGGCUGGACUCCUCCUCUAGGGAAACUAAGUGGAUUCAAGAUCUACGUCCCGAGAUCUAACAGGCCAGGAUAUACUUAUGAGCAGCUACUUCCUGGGGACGUCUCGUCUCACGUGAUUGACAGCCUGGAGGAGGACAAGAAGUACACUGUCAAUAUUUACGCCGUUUUCCCUCAGGGACCAAGUGAGCCCGUUUCAAUCGUGGGCAAGACAUUAAAGCUGAUACCAGUUCAGCAUUUCCUGGUUCAAAACGCCACCACAGACACUGUGCAGGCGAGGUGGACUUCCGUUGCGGGAGCGACAGGAUAUCGUCUGACAUGGGCCUCCCCAGACGAUCACAUCGAGAACAUAAACCUCGGCGACAACUUCAACUUCUACAUGAUCCAGGGCCUCCACGCAGGCUCCGAGUACACCGUGACCAUCAAUCCCAUCUUUGGAGACAUUGAGGGGCCCGUCACCACCACCAAAGCAAAAACAUUGGAGAGCAGUGCAGUUCAGACUCUGAAGGUUUCUGCUGUGACCACCAGUGCGGCUGUCGUCUCAUGGAACAGCGUCCCGGGAGCCACGGGAUACAGACUUGCCUGGGGACCCACCCCAGAGUUUAUUGGCCGGGACCGUCCCAGACAGUUGGCUUUGAAUGGCAGCACCAUCGAGUACCAUCUGAAGAAUGUAGCCCAUGACACAGAGUAUGUCCUGACUCUGUAUGUGCUGUUUGGAUCCGUGGUGGGACCCGGCGUCUCCGGGACUUUCAAAACGUCUCCUUUGGGCUACGUGUCCAACUUCAAGGUGGUGUCCUACACCAGCACCUCAAUAGAUGUGGAGUGGAGUCCAAUUGUAGGGGCCACUGAGUACAAACUCACUUGGAACACAGCUGAUAGCAGCCCUCAGUCACAUUACCUGGACCGCAAAGUUCUCUAUCACCGCAUCGAAGAUCUGAACCCGCUGUCAAACUACAUGAUCAACAUCCGUGCAAUUUACGGCAACUCGGAGGGACCAGAAAUCUCCUUAUCCCAGCUCACAGCUGCUGUAUCAGACUCGGAGCCACUCAAGGCAGUGAGAGGCGUGAAAGUUGUGGACAUUGGAGUCAACUUUUUCACCGUGUCCUGGAACAAAACACCAGGGGCCACUGGCUACAAAAUAUACUGGAUCCCCUUCCUGGGUGGUGAUGAGAAGUCCCAUGUGGUCUCUGCUGCCUCUACCAGCUUCACCAUCCGCAACCUGCGGGAGAGCUCGGCUUACAAGAUCCAGGUUUCGUCCAUGGUGGUCCACAGGGAGGGAAGUCCAGUUCUGGUCACCGCACGGACCUUGGAUCUUCCUAAAGUGAAUGGCUUUACAGCGCUGAACACCACAGACAGCAGCACUGUGCUGAACUGGACACGAGUGGCCGGCGUCUCGGGCUACCUUCUCUCUUGGAGGCACAUUUCAGUGUUGGAGACUCAAACAGAGAUCCUCGGUCCUGGUUUCAGCUCCUAUAAGAUCGGCGAUCUCCUCUAUGGCAGAACAUAUAUCUUCACCAUCAGACCUUUGUAUGGAGAGGUGGAGGGGCCGAUAACCACUGUGUAUCAGAGAAUAUUGGGACAGGAUUCUCCGGCGGCAACAGUCCAGUCUGUGCCAGCCACUGCGGUGUCCAUCACUACCAUCGCUCAGACAACCAAAAAGACCACUCGUCAUCAGCCCAUCGCUUUGCCGUCCGUGAAAACUACGACCACCACAAAGCCUCCCGUUCAGCCGAGUGUCACCACCCCUCAUUUAACCACAUCCACUCCAGAAUCAACAGCUCCACCACAACCAGUGUGUGGUAAGGCCAAAGCAGACAUCGUAUUCUUGGUGGACGAGUCCUCCAGCAUUGGUGCUAACAACUUUAUCAAGAUAAAAGACUUCAUAUUCCGAGUGGUCACUUACUUCCCUGUCAUUGGUCGUCAAGGCACACAGAUCGCUGUGGUUCAUUACAGUGACGAGCCUCGAAUUGAAUUCAAUCUAAGUCAUUUCAAAGACAGAAACUCAGUCCUCAGGGCGCUCAGAGCUCUGCGUUACAGAGGGGGCAACACUAAAACAGGAAAAGGCAUCAGCUACAUUGUGCAGGAGCUGUUCCAGGAGUCUGUAGGGAUGCGAGCAGAUGUGGCCCAUGUUCUGGUCCUGAUCACAGAUGGCAGAGCCCAGGAUGAUGUGGCGCCACCGUCCAGAAUUGCCCGCGCGCUAGGUGUCAGCAUCCUGGCAGUCGGAGUCUCUAAUGCAGACACAGAGGAGCUGAAUAAGAUAGCAGCUCCCACCAGCUACAAGAACGUCUUCUUCUCCCCGACUUUCGAUGACUUUCCUUCUGUCGAGAGAGAGUUUAUCAAAACCAUCUGCAGCGAGGAACUACUGUCUGAAUUCAAAGUAGAUGACGAGUUUGCUCAGUUGGACACGCCGACUGACGACCCGGAGGAGCUGCCCAAGCCUCAGGGCCCCUGCCCUUCCCAGUGUGUGAAGGGCCAGAAAGGUGAAAAGGGAGGUGGUUUUGGUCUCGGAGGUCUGAAAUUUAGGCCGAGUCCUGGACAGUUUGACCCUUUCACUUCCAGCAAAGGAGAGACGGGAGAGAGGGGACCUCCAGGAACAGAUGGUGUUCCCGGGUUGCCUGGGCGACCAGGGAGAACUGGACCUCCAGGUUCUGCUGGCCAGAGGGGCUCUUCCGGCAUCCCAGGUGACAUGGGUCAUCCUGGUCCGCCUGGUCCAAAGGGACAAAGAGGAGAGAGAGGAGAACCUGGAUAUGUCAUCGCUGGCACGGACGCAAAUUAUGUCCCCGGUCGAAAAGGAGAACCAGGAUCUUCAGGUCCACAAGGAGCUCCUGGUGUACCAGGGGUCAAUGGAGCUCCAGGUCUCCCUGGUCAGCUGGGACCUCCAGGGACACCGGGGCUGUCUAUCAAGGGAGAGCCUGGAGAACCAGGAGCAAAAGGUUUACGUGGCAACCGGGGCGUGAAAGGAGACAAAGGCGAUCCGGGAAAAGACGGAGCUGCUGGUUUGCCUGGUCCCAUUGGCAUAGACGGGGUUUCAGGAUUACAGGGUCAGAAAGGAGACAAGGGUGAACAAGGAAUUGGCAUACAGGGUAUUCAAGGUGUUCGUGGAGACCAGGGAGCGAAGGGAGACAUUGGCGUUAGAGGACCAAUUGGCCCAAAGGGUGAUAGCGGAGAGCAGGGCAUUCAGGGAGUAAUCGGACCUCGGGGAAAGAAGGGAGUCAAAGGGGAACAAGGGGACAAGGGAGACCAAGGAGAAAUGGGACCAAUAGGACGGCAAGGACCCACAGGAUUCACAGGACCCAUGGGGCUCAAAGGAGACGACGGUCAGCAAGGUCCCCCAGGAGACCCUGCCAAGGGCAUCCUUGGUCCGACUGGUAAAAAGGGUGCCAGGGGAGACAUCGGUCCAGUCGGCUCCACAGGCCCUCAGGGAGUAAAAGGUGAACAAGGAGACAAGGGAGAAAAGGGCAGUCCUGGUUUUGGGAUUCCAGGACUACAGGGACCAAAGGGAGAGAACGGUGAGAGGGGAAAUGUCGGAUUGUCUGGAAAACCAGGACCAAAGGGACACGAUGGUUCUAAAGGUGAAAAGGGCACUAUUGGGUUACCUGGCAAUCCUGGAGAACCAGGACUAAGAGGUAAAGAUGGUGUUGGAACCAAAGGCGACCAAGGAAUUAAGGGUGAACUAGGCCCACCUGGAGAGCCUGGUGACAGAGGAAUCAGGGGUCCACUGGGGUUACCAGGACGACCAGGAGACCCUGGAGAUAAAGGAGAUGGUGGGAAAUCUGGGCAGCCGGGUAUCGAUGGAAAGAAAGGCGACAAAGGAGAGCCAGGAAAACCUGGACCUCCGGGAACACAAGUUGUCGCUGAAAACAAUAUACUCACUAGAGUGAUUAAGGGUGAAUCUGGAGAACCUGGUCUGCCUGGUUUGAGAGGAGAAAAGGGUCUAACUGGACCACAAGGUCCAGAAGGAAAACCAGGACUACCAGGACCAUCCCUGGUUGGCUCUGGAAGACAGGGACUUGAUGGGAAACCAGGAGCAAAGGGUGAACAGGGACAAAAGGGGGACCCUGGUCUGAGAGGAGAAAAAGGAGACCAAGGCCGAGUUGGGAUUGCAGGAAUGCCUGGCUUACCAGGAACUCCUGGAAGACCUGGUUUUGAUGGAAAGAGAGGCGUGCCAGGAAAAGAUGGCGAGGGGGGACCAAAAGGAGACGAUGGCAAAAAGGGGGAUAAGGGAGACACAGGUGCAAGUGGUAAAGAUGGUAGUAAGGGUGACGCAGGACCUCCAGGUUUGCCCGGAAAGCAAGUGCUUGUCACCUCAGAGGGUGCCACCAUUGACGAAGUCCGUCAAGCAUUUCCAAUCCCAAUGGGUCCUCCGGGAGCAACUGGUGCACCAGGAUUAAAGGGUGAUAUAGGAGAAGCCGGCCUGAGGGGAGAGAAGGGAGAUGCUGGAACUCCUGGGAAAUCUGUUAAGAUGAAGGACAUUGAAGUAAUGUUUGAAGCCUAUGGGAUAAGGCUACCGUUGCUCAAGGCUUUGAUUGACAGGCUGCUACAGGAUGGGAUCGAGGAGCUGCUCCAGGUCCUUGGUAACGCCAAGAAACCAGAAGAGAACACGGAAACUCACACAUCCAACGUCAUCGCUGAGUAUACAGGUUCUGUGAAAUCAGAGCUCACCAGUCAGCCGCUGUUAGAGUCUGACACCACUGAGGAUCCGGGUGGCCACUUUCCAGAGUCAUCAUCAGUUGAGCCUCUGAAUAAAACUGCACAAGGUCCCACUCUGUGGAACGUCACCACGCCGACCACGGAGCAGGAGCUCAACGGAACUGAUGAGACCACGCUGGAGGAGUCCACAGAGAAGUGGACGACGGACGAGGACGGCGACGACAUGUCUUCACUCGGAAUGAACCUUACAGUCGUCAAUUCCACUUUCAAUUAUACUACCAUCCAGGAAACGGUUUCAGGUUUACCCGAGACUGCAGUGGACACGGUCGUCCUCACUCAGGAAGACUCUUUGAAGAAGAAUUCAGGACAUAAGAAGAAAAACCGGGAACGUGGGAAGGGCAAAGGAAAUAAAGGACGACCUAAGAGGCAGAGACAACGCCUGAUGAGCAAAGAAGAUGAAGAUAAACACGAAGAGUUUUAUGACGGCGAAGGAAACAGUGAUGAAGACGAGGAGGAACAGUUUCCCACAGAGAGUCCAGACACCUCCAGUGUUCCUCUGACACUUUACUCAGACGCGGAGGCAAAUGAACAGGAUGAAGUAUCACUGCCGACUCCUCCCAUCACCACACAAGAACCAGAAAAGGUGCCUCAACACCAGAUGAGGGUGAGAAGAGGCGCCCCCUGGCCUGAUUCCAUGGUGUUCAUGCCAGGCGCUCCUGGUGGAAGACAUCGGUACAACGAGGCACAAAAACGUCUGACCUCUGGAGCGCAAGGUUACACACAUUUUAAUAAGAAGCAAGAAAACUCUGAUCGUCAAACGCAGACUGAAGGAGAGAUUCAACAGACGGAGGAAGAGAAGGAAGUAGAGCCUGAAUACAUGGUCUAUGAUGAGGUGGAGGAGGAGAGGAGUGGAGACUAUGACUGGCAAACUGAGGAGGAUGUCGACAGAGAGAGGGAAGGGGAGGAUGAGGAGCUGGAGAGGGAGAGGGAGCAGGAGCGGUUGGAGAUGGAGAGAGAGAGACAGGAGCUGGAGAGGGAGGCCGAGGUUGAGCUGGAGAAGAAGAAGCAGCAGCCAGAGCAGGAGGGGGUGAGAGAUUUGGAUAGAGAGAGGGAGGAGUGGGAGAGGAGGAGGAUGGAGAUGGAGAGGAGGAGAGAGGGGGGUUAUGAUGAAGAAGCUGGACAGCCGUACCCAUAUCCUCCCGAGUAUUUUCAUUUGAAGGGUCAACAAGGGGAGAGUGGAAAACCAGGAGAAAAGGGUGGAAUUGGUGAAAAGGGGCAAAAGGGUGAGCCAGGGAUUGGCUACAGGGGACCAGAAGGCCAGGCCGGUCCUCCAGGACACAAGGGUGAACCAGGUGAGCCGGGGCCACCAGGUGCUCAAGGCAUCCAGGGUAUCCGUGGCAACCCAGGCUUCCAAGGUCCCCCAGGCCUUCAGGGUACCCCAGGGGAUCCAGGAGAACCCGGCAGAGAGGGUGAGCGGGGUAAAAGGGGUAAGAACGGAUCUCCUGGACCUCCAGGGCUUCAGGGAGCACCAGGAUCUCAGGGUCCUCUUGGUGCACCUGGUGUAAAAGGAGAAAGGGGUGACAGUAUACCUGGAGGUCCCGGUGCCCGUGGUGUGUCUGGUGUCCCAGGCAGGAGGGGUGAAGCGGGGGUUCCAGGCGUCAAAGGAGCUCCCGGACACCUCGGUCCAAAAGGCUUACGAGGCAGCAGAGGUGAAAAGGGAGACCGUGGGAUACCUGGAGCCAAAGGAGAGAGGGGCAGUGUGCUCCAAAUCCAAGGACCUCGAGGCUUCAAGGGUUCCAAAGGAAUUGCGGGUGAGCGAGGUCCUCCAGGUUUUGAUGGUGACAAAGGAGAAAAGGGCGAGGAUGGUCCUCCUGGAUUCAAGGGCUCGAAAGGGGAUGCAGGCACCAAGGGAGCAUUGGGACGCUUUGGAGCACGAGGACCUGUCGGCCAGAAGGGAGAUCCAGGAGAGCCGGGACUCAACGGAGUGAUGGGUCGUAACGGAGAUCACGGAGUGGACGGGGCCAAAGGGGACAAAGGAGACACCGGACUGCAAGGCCAAAAGGGUGAUCAGGGGGAUCCAGGUGAAGCAGGUUUACCAGGAGACAAAGGGGACAAAGGAGUGAAGGGUUUCAGAGGUUUACCCGGACGUAUCGGGAAUUCAGGCCUGGAUGGAGAAAAGGGAGAAAUGGGGUUACCUGGCACUCCUGGAAUGCCUGGACUAAAUGGACUCACAGGGCGCAAGGGUGACAAGGGCGAUGGAGGGACCAGUGGUGUUGAUGGUGAUCUGGGAGAAAAAGGGGAAAAGGGUGUAGCAGGUUUCCCAGGCUUCCCGGGCUUUAAGGGUUCAGCAGGGAGUCCAGGCGGGGAUGGAGAUCAGGGGCCUCCAGGAUCACCAGGUCCUCGUGGUAACACUGGGCUGAAGGGGGAGAGGGGCAGAAGAGGAAGAGUGAAGCCGUGUCAGAGGGGACCACCGGGGACGUCUGGACACCGAGGACAGAGUGGAACCAUCGGGGAUGCAGGAGCAAAGGGCGAUAAAGGAGAACCAGGACUCUCGGCUGAAGAAGUGAAGGAGCUUGUUACUCAGGAGGUGGUAGUAAAGUGUGGGUUGGAAUAUAAGUUUAUGGUGAAGUCUGUGGAUCCAGAUGGGACACGCCCAGUGGCAGAUGUUCAAAAAGAGCUGAUAUCCCUCUCUCGUGACAUCGGUGAAGGCAAAAAAGAAGAAGAGGGAGCGUAUGGAGACUGGGUGGAGGAAACGACCACUCCUGCCCCUGUGAUUCUUGAAGACGAUGGAAUUCUACUGAAUCGUAGUGAUUCUCUGGAGGGAGAGAAAGUGCAGUGGAGCCUGGGACAGAGAAAUAAAAGAAGGGUUUUUGGAACAAACACUGCCGUGUCAGAUCGCUGUCUGGAGCCCAUGUCAGAGGGAACGUGUUCAGAAUACGCUCUGCUCUGGUAUUUCCACCCUCGCUCGGGGGAGUGCAGGCCGUUUGUGUACGGGGGCUGCGGCGGCAACCAAAACCAGUUCUCCUCCAAGCAAGAGUGUCAGAGCCGGUGUGGGAAGGAGAGGACAGACAUCGAAUCCUGGAGAUGAAGCAGCUCAAGACAAGAAAGAUUUCUUUUUUGUACAUCACUGUUUAUUUAUAUAUUUUAAAAGCUGUUCACACUUAACAUUACAGUAGAAUAACAACACAGUGAUAGGAAGGUAAUAUUACAGUGAUACCAUUAAUAUCCAGCCAGUUUUCCAGCAUUUCAAUACCUUUACAUGGAAGUCCAAAAAUCUUCUGAUCUUAUUAUUACUAAGCCAUAAUUAAGACGGUAUAACCAUAACAUUACUUUCCUAUUAUUACCAUAGUGUUAUACCAAAGUAAUAUAAAGUGUUGAUUUGUUGUAUGAAAUAUGUGCUGGGGAAAAAAAAUGUGAAAAACAUAGUACUUUCUUCUUUUUUUAUAGACAUAUACAUAUAUUCUGCUUUUCUCUUUCCUGUCUUAUCUCUUUAUUGUGUGUUUUUGUCAAUAGCUGUGCAUCGUGUCAGUGUUGAAAAAUGAGAUGGUGGUGGCCGAGUGCCUGCACCUCUACAUAUGUUCCUUUGGCAGGGGGUGUUACAGCUCAGGCCGGGAGCCAGAUGAAAGGCCGACAGGGAUCCAGUGAGGGAGACUGAUUUCAAGGUUCUCUCCAUCAGAACGGCCCAGCAGUGGCAGGGGAUUCCUGCGUGGGUGUUGAUGUGAGGGCAGCAUGUACCCAAGGUUCUUUUUUUUGUCUGUUUCUGGCAGAGUGAGACGACACACUCACGAUUACCACUUUUUCAUUCGGUUGAUGGUUUGAGACGGAUCACGGUGUUCACGGAACUUCUUGUGCUUGAUUCUCGUGCCAGCCGUUUUUUUUGUUUUGUUUGUUUUUAAUUCUCACUUAGUGACACGUUAGUCUUUCUCACACGAGACUGAACUCAUAUUUGUCAGGAUUCUGCUCUGCAUUGUGCCCCCUUAGAAUCCUCCAUGGAGAACAAGAACUCCAGUGUUUUCUCUUUGUUUUACAUUUGAUCUUCUCACAAAAACAUAUUAUGGAAAAACUGAAAAUGUUCAACACAUUUUCAAACAGAUGUGUCUGUUGGAGCCAUUUGUAAAAUAAUUGUGUAUAUAUACUGUAUUUUUGACUAGUUUGACUUGCUGAAGAAAAGUAUCACUGCACUAGUUUCAUUGAUAAUUGCAGGCAGCCCCAGUUUCUGAUCGGUUGAAUAAUUAUUCCUGUGCUUGUUAAGAGAUUUUGUUUCUUGGGGAGAAAAUAGGUUUUGAUUGAUGUUAAUGUGGCUCUGUCUGUUAUUGUCAAAAAAAAGGGGCCACAUACACUACACAGUCCAAGAAAUCCGCGUUUUGAAACGAAGAACCUGGACUUUGAGUUGUGAUUCUUUAUUUCCUACAUUGAAUUACUAACAACAACAAUGUAAUCCAUCAUAAACCUGUGUUUGAAGUUGAGAAGAACAAUCUCCAUCUCGUUCCGUCGCAGAGUGGGAGGACAUGUAAUCACACAUCAGGUCACACACUGUGAUUAUUCCAGCUGUGAUUACGACCUAGUCAUAUUAAUCCCUCGAUGAAGUCCUCUCGCUUCCUCCAUGUCCCCAUCAUUUUUGGCACAUCACAGUGGGUGGCUUCUGUGACACGGGUACUGUGUCCACUCGAUAAUAAACCUCUGGAUCAAUUAAAACUCAAUGUUCCUCA